GCCUGGCAGGCCCGGCCCCGGCCGCCUGCCCGCCCGCCCCCUCGUCCUCCGCCUCCCAGCGCUCGGCUAGGAGCGAGCAGCCCGCAGCCUUGUGCGGUCAGAGCCGACGCCGAGCCCGUCCCCUCCGCAGGCCGCGCCGCCUGCCCCAUGCGCUGAGCCCCGGCCCCUCGGCUGCGCCUCCCCCCAGCGCCGCGCUACCCCCUGCGGGGAUUGGAGCCGCCGGCCCGGACUGCGACAGGGGCCGCCGCCAUGGAGAUCACCGGCGAGAAAAAAAGGAUUAGUUCAGAUCGCAGAAAGGAGAAGUCGAGAGAUGCAGCCAGAUGCCGAAGAAGCAAGGAAUCUGAAGUUUUCUAUGAACUUGCUCACCAGCUGCCUCUUCCUCAUACUGUCAGCGCACACCUUGACAAGGCCUCCAUUAUGAGGCUGACUAUCAGCUACUUACGCAUGAGAAAGCUGUUAGAUGCAAGUGACCUGGAGACAGAAGCCAAAAUGGAGAAGGAGAUGAAUUGCUUUUACUUAAAAGCCCUUGAUGGAUUUGUCAUGGUUCUUUCCGAGGAUGGUGACAUGAUUUACAUGUCUGAAAAUGUGAACAAGUGUAUGGGGCUCACUCAGUUUGAGCUGACUGGGCACACUGUGUUCGAUUUUACCCACCCAUGUGACCAUGAAGAGCUGAGAGAAAUGCUUACACAUAGAAAUGGUCCUAUGAAAAAGGGCAAAGAACAGAAUACAGAGCGUAGCUUUUUCCUCAGAAUGAAGUGCACGCUGACCAGCAGGGGAAGGACCGUGAAUAUAAAGUCUGCAACAUGGAAGGUACUUCACUGUACAGGGCAUGUUCGUGUGUAUGAUACCUGCAAUAAUCAGACUCUCUGUGGAUAUAAGAAGCCUCCCAUGACAUGCUUGGUGUUGAUCUGUGUACCUAUCCCUCAUCCAUCAAACAUUGAAGUCCCUUUGGACAGCAAGACAUUCCUCAGUCGCCACAGCCUGGAUAUGAAAUUUUCAUAUUGUGAUGAAAGAAUUACAGAGCUGAUGGGAUAUGAGCCAGAAGAACUCUUGGGUCACUCCAUCUAUGAAUACUAUCAUGCUCUGGACUCUGAUCAUCUGACCAAAACCCAUCAUGAUAUGUUCACUAAAGGGCAAGUGACUACAGGACAGUACAGAAUGCUUGCUAAACACGGUGGAUAUGUCUGGGUUGAAACUCAAGCAACUGUUAUAUACAGCACUAAGAACUCCCAACCACAGUGCAUAGUGUGUGUAAAUUACGUCUUGAGUGAGAUUGUACAGAAGGAGUUAUUUCUUUCCCUUGCACAGACUGAGUGCAUGCUGAAACCAGUGGAGUCUCCUGAUAUGAAAAUAUUCAGCAAGGCUGACCUAGAAGAUACUAACAGCCUCUUUGAAAAACUUAAAAAGGAACCAGAUGCUUUAACUUUGCUCGCACCAGCUCCUGGAGACACGAUUAUCUCUUUAGAUUUCAGCAGUAAUGAGUCUGAUGAGCAACAAUAUGAUGAAGUUCCUUUGUAUAAUGAUGUAAUGCUCCCCUCAUCCAGUGAGAAAUUGCAGAAUAUAAAUUUGGCAAUGUCCCCACUUCCUGCCUCUGAAGCCACAAAGCCACUUCGUAGCAAUGCUGACCCUGCACUCAACAGAGAAGUUGUAUCAAAGCUGGAGCCAAACACAGAGCCACUCGAACUUGCAUUUUCCAGCCACCAGAGGCAAGAACAGCCAGCCAGCCCUUCUGAGGCAAGCACUAACCAAAGUUCACCUGAGCCCCGUAGUCCCAAUGAGUAUUGCUUUGAUGUGGAUAAUGAUAUGGCUAAUGAGUUUAAGCUGGAAUUAGUGGAAAAACUCUUUGCAAUAGACACAGAAGCAAAAAAUCCAUUCUCUACUCAGGAAACUGAUUUAGACUUGGAGAUGUUAGCUCCUUACAUCCCAAUGGAUGAUGACUUCCAGUUACGAUCCUUUGAUCAGCCACCUUCACUGGAGAGUGGUUGUGCGAGCACUCAGAGUGUGGCCACCAAUACCAUAUUUCAGCAAACUCAUACGCCCUCUACUGCCGCUGAGGAAAUAACACCAGUGAAAACAGAAUGCAUGGAUGACAUUAAGACUCUACUUGUUUCUCAGUCUCCUGUCCUCAUAAUCAAUGAAACCAACAGCGCCCCAGCCUCACCAUAUGGUGGAAAUCGAAGUCGAACUGCAUCUCCAAUCAGGGCUGGAAAAGGAACAUUGGACCAGACGGAGAAAUCUUAUCCAGGAACACCCAAUUUGUUAACAGUCACUUUGAGUAAAAGAUCUGCAAUGAAUGAAGAACUAAAUCCAAAGAUGCUAGCUUUGCAUAACUCUCAGAGAAAGCGAAAGAUGGAAUAUGAUGGCUCGCUUUUUCAAGCAGUGGGAAUUGGAUCUUUAUUCCAGCAGUCAGAAGAUUGUGGAGCGAAUGCAUCACUUUGUUGGAAACGUGUAAAAGGGUGCAAAUCUAAUGGCCAGAAUGGCGUGGGACAAAAGACAAUCAUCUUACUAUCAACUGAUAUAGCGAGUAAGCUCCUAGGACAGUCAAUGGAUGAGACUGGACUACCACAACUUACCAGUUAUGAUUGCGAAGUAAAUGCUCCCAUACAAGGCAGCAGAAACCUGCUACAGGGUGAAGAAUUGCUCAGAGCUCUGGAUCAAGUUAACUGAGUUUUCACAAUACUUGUUCUUUUUUUGGACACUGGAGAAUCAUCACCUAAAGCAGUCUAUUUAUAUUUUCUAUAUCUGAUUUUAGAAGCCUGGCUACAAUACUGCACUAAUUCAGUUAGUUCCGUUUCGAUCCCCUUUCUACUUUACUUAUUUUGACAGACUUUUUUCAUAUAGUCUUUAUGUAACAACUCAGAUUAUAGUGCAUUUUCAUAGUUCUUUGGUACAUAGACUUUAAGUCCAUUACAUUUAAAACAUCCUUGCAAUAGCAGCUUUGAAAUAUGCACCUGUUUUUAAAAACGUAUUUAUUUUUUAUUAUUUUUGGCUGGAGAGUUUCACUGAAAGAUUCUUAUCAGUAAAAUGUUACACAGUAAAACUGUCAAUACUUCCUGCCUGCUCUUCAUAAGUAGUGGGAAGAUGUAUGCUUUGUCAGUUAUUUUAAAACAAAUUUUUAUUUUAAUGAUUUUUUUUAUAUGAAACAACAAUGCUUUGCAGCAGUGCAUUGUAGCCACAAUCGCACAAUAUAUUUUCUUAAGAAAAAUACCAGCAAUUCCUCAUGCAAUAUAGUCUACAUUUAUAAAACUAGUUUUUAAGGAGAAGAAUCUUUGACAGUUUUUGUUUUUUGCCUAUGAAAUCAUGUUUAAUUCUCGAGGAUGUCAUUGUUUUAGUCAUGUUGUAAUAUAAACUGUGUUCUUAAAUGCUGUAUUAUGCUUAUGACUGAAAUGAGUAUUAAGUAAAAGGGAAGGGUUUUAUCUGGAAAGGACUAUAGCAGCAUUUUAUUUGGAUACAUUCUCUUAAUUUACAGAGAGGAUUUGAUGUUCCUAAAGUAGUCACUUCGCCAGCUCAGAAAAAUCCCUGCCUGUAGUUGUGGAAGUUCAUGCGAAUAUUGUGUAUCUGAGAUUAAAUCUAAAUGUUUUGUUUACCCUGUGUGGUAUAGGUGAUAUUUCAAGCAGAUCGUAAGACAUCAUGCAUUGUUAGCAAAGUUGCCUAGUACAUCACUGAGUUGCUCAAUAUUUGAUGUUUUGGUUUUUAUGCACCUUGUUGCUGUUAACAUCCAUGUAUUCAUGUAGAUUUCAAUAACUCAAUAUAUUUUAGAAACCUUUUGAUUUUGAAAUGAGUAGUUGUCUCACAAACAUCCUAUUUCCUAUAUGUACUGUACAAAUUUUUCAUUCACUCAUUCUUUCUCUCUCUGUGGUUGGAUCUAACACUAACUGUAUUGUUUUAUUACAUCAAUAAACUAUAUGUGGACCAGG